GCAGUGUCGGUAGCGGGCGCCAUCGCGUGGCGUUUGUCGACAACUCAAAGGCGAGCCCGAGCUACCCCGAGCCAACAGACAGGCAUCUGGAGGAGGAAUUGGAGCCGUUGGAGCACAGUGGGCGGGAGCUGCUGAGCAGACGACGGCAUCGACGGGACGCCAGAAUCGCGCUCAAACUACAACUGCUACAACAACGUUUGGUUGGGCCGGUUGGGCGACAGUGGCAUAUCAACAUGACUCACCGUCUUGUCAACGGGCCCUCGACGAAGCGGCAAUUUUCAGAAACAGGCCUCUCGUCGGAUAGCGUUGGCGAGCUCCCAGGGCCUCAAGAGACGCCACCUAUGGGUGGACCUCCUGCUCCACCCCAGCAGAAAGGGCCAGGCCACCCGUCGCCCAAGGCAGGGGUAGCUCCUCUUCUUGGUGCAGUGACACCCUCGAUGACCGACCCAGAGAAGUGCAAUAAGCUGAUUCAGCAGCAGCUCGUGCUCUUACUCCAUGCACACAAGUGUCAGCGGCAGGAAUCGCAGGCAACCAGUGGAGAGGUGCACCAGUGCCCCCUUCCUCACUGUCAGACGAUGAAGAAUGUGCUGAACCACAUGACCAACUGCCAGGCGGGCAAGGCGUGUCCGCUGCCCCACUGUGCCUCCUCUCGGCAGGUCAUCUCGCACUGGGAAAACUGCACCCGCAAUGACUACCCGGUCUGUCUACCGCUCAAGCAGGCCUCGGACAGGCGGCAGCAGCAAGCCGACUCGAGCAACCUCUGCGCCAUGGAGAACAAGCUUCCAGAUGAGCUGAUGGUCUCCGGUGGAGGCCCCUCGCUCGGCGACAUGGGCCCGCCCUUGCAGAACGUGCAGCAACUGCAGAAUCACGGUCAGCAGAGUCCCCUGGAUUUUUCCCUGGGUCAGCGGCAGCAGGGCCAGCCCCCAAGGCCUCAAGGGGCGCCCCCUGGGGGCGGACCUCCCGCCCUGCCCCAGCUGCAAGGGCCAGGCCACCUGUUGCCCGGGGCAGGGGUAGCUCCUCCCCUCAGCGCAGCGGUGGCAGCUUCGACGCCCGACCCAGAGAAGCGAAAGCUGAUUCAGCAGCAGCUCGUGCUCUUGCUCCACGCGGACAAGUGUCAGCGGCGGGAGUUGCUGGCGGCCAAUGGAGAGGUACGCCAGUGCUCGCUUCCUUACUGCCGGACGAUGAAGAAUGUGCUGAACCACAUGACCAACUGCCAGGCGGGCGAGACGUGCCCAGUGCCUUACUGCUCCUCCUCUCGGCGGAUCAUCUCGCACUGGAGGAGCUGCACCCACUACGACUGCCCGGUCUGUCUACCGCUGACGCAGGCCUUCUACAGGCGGCAUGCACGCCCUCGGACACGUUGCAAUACCUUUUCGGACGAAGAAUAAAAACUGUUGUCUUGGUCGAAGGCACUGUGUUAAAUUCAUGA